AUGUCAAUUAACAAACUACCAAACGAGUGUCUUUAUAUGAUUUUGGACUAUUUCAAUGGAUUCGAAGAUUUGAUUCGAUUGUCAAAAGGCAUAGAUAAAGUUGAUUAUAUUGAUGCGAACAAUUUGUGGAUAAGUGCGUAUACGAAUUGGAAUGAUGACAAUUUAUUCCAAUUGUUUCCAAAUCUAAAGGUUAUGGAUACUACUUUCUUAUUCCGCGAUGAAGCUUUCAAUUUUUCAGAAAUUCUCAAGAAUAAUCUACAAAUUAAAGGAUUGAUCUGUAUGGAUAGAGUUCAUAAAAAUGGUUACUUGGAAAAUAUCGAGAUGUGCGCUUCAGCAUUUAAUUUCGAUUAUUGGAAAACUUUUCGACCUGGUCAGUUGAAACAAGUUUCCAGCUACUAUUUUCGUAUGAAUGAACUUCCUUCAUUCAUUGAAUAUUUUCCUAAUUUGAAGCGACUCAACUUGUGCCUUGGUAACGCGAACAAAGUUUUUUACAACGGUCCGAAUUCUUUUUCGUUAAAGAUUCUUGAACUUGGUACAAGCGAUUUUGUUGAACAAUUCACUGGAUUUCAUUUCAUGGAUUUUUGUCCCUCUUUAGAAAGCGCUUUCUUCCGUUGUUGGGCAAAAGAUCUUUAUGUAGAUGAAUCUAUAAAGAAUUACAAUCUGAGAGAUUUGGUUAUUGAAGAUUUUCAAGUUAGUUUUUCGUGGCCUCUACUUAAAAAACUGUUGUCUAAAUUUCCCAACUUACAUCAUCUAGCGAUCAGAAAUUUUGCUGAGCUUGAUGUUAACAAUUUUGAUUUAGAAGAAUUGAUAAAAUUAUUAACGAAGUUGAAGAUAUUGGACUUGAGAGGAUGUAAUAGCGUGAAGCAAAAAUCAGCUGAUUUUCUGUCCAAAUAUUGUGUCAAAAAGAAUCGAUCAAUCGUAAUUUAUUACGAUUGUGAAAACGAACCUAACGAAUGGCCUAAAUUGGUGGAGACAUACGAGUCAAUUUGCUAUGGAUUCGAUUUCAUGAAACAUUUUUUUUACAAAAGAUUCAGGUCUCUUCCAGAGCUCAUUGAUGAAUAAAUCGACUGAGUUUAAUCAAUCGUAAAGACAAAUAACAAGAUUCUAAACACAAUCAACAAAAUAAUCAUUAGAAUUACAUGUAAAUUGAUGGUUAAAACUCUAGACAAUUAUAGUUGAUUAAUAAAAUAUACGAUUGAGCAUCUA